UUCGAACUACUGUCAAAUCUUGGAAACAUUGUUUUGGCGCCACAAACAUAACCACACUUAUAUAAAAACAGUACAACUUUAAACGAAUAUGUCAACAAUAGACAAUCCGACGCAAAGUUUAUUUCAGGGCACCGAAAUUCAAAUAAACACCUCGCAAAACAACGAAGAAGAUGAGGAUCUUGAAGAUCAACUACGAAGAAAAGAAGAGCUGCAAAAUUUACUCCACGAAGCUUUGGACGACUUUAAUUACGACGAUAGUACUAUAAACUCGUCGACAAACGUUUCUGUAGCUUCUUUGACUGAUGUUCACAGAAGUUACAGGGAUGCUUUACCAAGUGACCAGUUAAAAGUUUUAUAUGAUGUUAAAUGUAGGGAAAUUGUAAGUGUUAAACAGGAAUUUGAUAGAUUUAAAGUGGACAAGAAAAAGGAAACUGAUAACAUAAAAAAUAAACUAAUACUUUGUGAGGCUGACAUCAUGCAACUUAAAGAAUCUGUUAAGAAUUCUGAAGGAUUAUUACUUGAGAAGACAGAAAACAUAAAAUUAUAUCAGAAAACCUUAAAUAGCAAAGAUGAGGAACUAAAUAAACUAAAAAGCAUUAUUGAAGAGUAUAAAAUUGAGGUUUCAACAUAUAAGGCAACAAUAAAUGAAUUACAAAUAAAAAUGGCAGAAAGCAAUCCAUUUAAAAUGGGUGCUAAACAAUUUGAGACUGAGGAGUUGCAUAAAGCACAAAUUGAUCAAAUUUUAAAAUUGGAAUCUAUUAUUGAAGAAAACGCUAAAAAAGCAGUAGUUUAUGAAAAAGAAAAUAACACCUUAAAGAAUGACUUAAACAAGUUGAUUCAAAUAAAAAAUGAGAUGGAAAAUGAGUAUAAAAUUCAGGUUGACAUGCUGACUUUUAAUUUAAAUAGUGCACAGCAGCAGUGUAAAGACUUGGUGGACAUUGUGGAAAUGCUCAAAAAUGAAAAUGAACAUUUUAAAGAAAGAGUUCAUUCAUAUCAAAAUAAUGAUCCUAUUUUAUCAGAAGAAAGUUUGAAAAGAAAGUCUUUGGAAUAUGAUACCUUAUUGGUACAAUUAGAAAAAGUGAAAAGGAUCUUAUUGGAUAAAUCAGUUGAGUUGAGCACCUAUAAAACCAAAUUAAAGUCCUAUGAAAAUAAUCUAAAGGAACUUCUUGAGUUUAGAGCAAUUAAAACAGAAAUAUGCACAAAGCAAUAUAGAAAAUGUGAUGUUAUUGAGCAUGUUCAAGAUUUGCUGGUUAUGCAAAACGAAAUUAAAAAUCUCACCAGAACCAUAGAUGAUAGAGAGAAACAAAUAAACAAUGUAACCAUAGUAAAUCAUGAACUGCAAGGCAAAAUUGAAGAUAUGCUUUUGAAAACAAGAACUGAAAUACAAAAUUUAUCAAACAAAUACAAUGUACCACAAUUAGAAAUAAUGAGUGAAGAACUAAAUAAAGCUCAGAGUAAAGUAUUGCAACUUGAAUUUGAAAUAAAAAAACUUGAAGAGCAAAAUAAUAAAUUGACAAAAGGAAGACAAGAUAGUAAUGUAGAUAAAAUAAGUCAUUUUGAAUCAGAGAAAAAUAAACUUAAAGAAGAAGUUAAAAAAUACAAAAACGAAAUUAAAGAAUAUGAAAGCAACAUACAAGACCUAAAAAGCAAUAACAAAUCUUUAAAAACUGAACUUAAAAUGACAAAGGAUUCAAUCCAAGAACAGUUAAAUCAAUUCAUGACCCAUCUAAAACAAACUGCACAUGGUUCAGAAAUUGAAAACCCUAAAGUAAUCUUACUGAUUAAAACUGAACUAGAUGAAUUAAUACAUUCCAUAAAAGAUUUGAACGUCGAGAAAAACGUGAUGGAAGAAAAAUUGUGUGGUAUAAAAAAACAACUUGAUUUCAUAAAGUUCUCAACAAAAUCCCGCGAUUCUUUAAAUACUAGCAGCAAAGAAGGCAAAGAGCUCUAUGAAAUUACUCUACGCAAAUUGGAGGAGGCCAAAAUCAAGAUUGCCAACCUCGAAGAAACAAUUGAAGAAAUUGGUCAGUCAAAAACAAUCACAGAAGGUGAAAAAUGCAAUCUUCAAUAUCAUUUGAAAGAUUGUGAAACUCGUAUAGAACAUUUGAUGUUGGAUAAUGGGAAAUUGACUGAAGCACUCUCUGCAAUGCUUAAAAAAAGUGAAAAUGGAAGUGAUACUAAUGUUGAAGCACUCAGAAAAGAUUUAAAAUACAAAGAAGAAUUAGUUGAAAAGUAUGUUAAGGAUAAAAAUGAGCUGGGGAAUCUUUUUGAUAUUCUUGAUGGGGAACUAACUAAAACCAAGGAGGAAGUGAGACAUUUAGAAGAAGAAUUGAAAAUAGAAAAGGGUAAGAAAAAAGAAUCCUUAUCUGCCAAAGACAUUGUUACUAUAGAAAAUUUAAAGCUUGAGUUGAAACAAAAAGACGAGCAAAUAAUAUUGUAUAAUAAGGAAAAGGAGAAGAUUGGUGAAGUUUUGGAAGCAUUUAAAAAUGAGUUAUCAAAUUCUAAAAAGGAGAUUUUGAGAUUGGAAAAGGAACUUUGCGAGGCCAGGGAAAAACAUAUUAGAAGGGAUUUAAGAAAGGAAUUAGAAGAAGCAGAGUCACAAUUGGAAAAAACCAGGAUUGAAGAGGAUUGUAUAAUUAUGGAAACUGUCCAAUUCAAAAAAUGUCUUCAGACAGAAAUCAUCAAAAAAGAACUGAUUCUACAUGAAGAAUACCAGAAAGAGUUCUCUAAAAAAUUAAAUGAAAUUGAAAAAAGAUAUAUGGAUACCAUAAAUGUGUAUAAAAAAGAAUUAGAAAAAGCAAAAGGUCAAGAAAGUGUUGUAAGGUCUCAAAUAGGGCAAUUAAUGAAUGAAUGUGGACAAAAAAUGAUUGAAAUGGAAGUUGAAAGAAAUAAUUAUUUGGAAGAAUUAAAAUCUCUUCAAAAAGAAUAUGCAGAUUUAAAAGACAGAACAACUAAAAGAGAAACAGAAUACAGAAUGGUUGUAGAGGGUUCUAUUAAUUCUGCUAAGAAAAAUGAGGAACACUGGAAAAAGUUAACAUCCCAAUUUGUAAGAAAAUUAACCAUAAUAGGACAAGCAAAUAAGGCAGCAGGUGAUCAAAUUAUGACCAAAUUAAAUACAGGAGAAAAACAAAUUUCCAAAAUCGAAAGGAAGACUGAACAAAGAAAAGCUAAAGUUAAACUAAAUUUUGUACAAUAAUGUUAUGAUUAAUACUUUAAAUAUAUUUUUAUAAGUUAA